AUGGAAAUAAAGAACGUCAAUGUUAACAGAAUCCUGAUGGACAGCUUAAUGCUGCGCUUGCAUUCUGUGGAUUCGAAAUCGAAAAAGAACAAGCGUAUCGCUAGUCGUGGAAAGCUCAGUUCUCCGAAGGUUCGUUUUCACUUUUUUGUCUAUCCCGGAUUUUUAAGAAAGUGCGACUGAGCAGAACUCAAGAUGUUUUUGGAAGUAAGUGCACUCCACUCCCAACAUGUCCUCCCAAGUUUCAUACGAUGAAACCGACCGAUAUUCAUACGCUUAA